CAGUCUUUAUAAUAUCAGAAAAUAAGGAAGAUGAUAAGUUCUUUGAUUUUAUCCAAGAAUGCUGGCAAGCUGUUGCUUUCCCGUAUUCCAGCGAUCCAAUCCCAAUGGUCUCGGGACCAGAAGACCAUGCCGGUGUACGAUUACCGUUGCCAGAAUCCCCCAAAAUGGGGUUACUCCGCCUUCGGAAGGGAUCAGAAGACCUGGGGCGAGUGGACCUGUGCCAGGUUAGAUGACCUUUUGAACUGGGGUCGCAAGGGAUCGCUGUGGCCCAUGACCUUUGGCCUGGCCUGCUGCGCCGUGGAAAUGAUGCACAUCGCAGCCCCUCGAUAUGAUAUGGAUCGGUUUGGAGUGGUUUUUCGGGCCUCUCCCCGCCAGUCGGAUGUACUGAUUGUGGCCGGAACUUUGACCAACAAAAUGGCACCGGCUUUUCGAAAGGUAUAUGACCAGAUGCCCGAACCUAGAUGGGUCAUAUCCAUGGGAAGUUGCGCCAAUGGCGGUGGAUACUAUCAUUAUUCUUAUUCGGUGGUUCGUGGUUGCGAUCGGAUUGUUCCGGUGGAUAUAUACGUGCCCGGAUGUCCGCCAACCGCUGAGGCUUUAAUGUAUGGAAUCCUGCAGCUGCAGAAGAAGGUCAAGCGCAUGAGGACUCUGCAGAUGUGGUACCGGAAGUAAGGAACUAGUUUAUAAAGAGUUAAGUGAAUAAAAUGCU